AGACUAGCCAAGCAUUCAAGCUAGUAUGAUUUUCAUUUUUGUUUAAUUUAAUUAAAAACUUGGAAGAAGAAAAAAAUUUGCUUUUAAAAUAAAUUAUGUUAUAAAUUGAUAUGAAUUCAAAUAUACAUUCUUGAAGCACAGCAUUUGAAGCGUCUUCAAAGACAAUGAUAUCUAAACCAUCAUUUAUAGUGCUUGCUCUGUUUCAAGGAAAAGGCAAAUUGAAAUAUGAAGUUGGACUUGCUUUUAUAGAUUUAUACUACCCACAUAUAAUGCUGUACCAAAUUAGUGAUGAUUACGUUUAUUCAAAUACAUUAGCAAAAAUAAAUUUACUUUAUCCUCAAGAAAUCAUAUUUCCCGCAAACAUGAUUAAAAAUUUUCAUAAGAAAGUAUGUUUGCAUCAAAUCAUAAAAAGUCAAUUCAAAAAUAUAAAUAUUACUGCAGUUCCAGCUAUACAUUUCAGUGCCUUAGUCGGAUGGGAUUUAAUUCAAGCUUAUUGUACAAAUAAUGCUUAUUCAAUUCAACAAGUAUUGAAAAAAAAGUUUUAUGCAUUGUCUGCGGUAUCUGCAUUAAUAAAGUACAUAGUUUCUAUACAAAAUAUAAUUUAUGCUCCGAAUACUGUUAAAAUUGAAUUUCGGAACAAUUACAACUUUGCAGUGAUACACCUUGAAGCUGUGCAAUCCCUAGAAAUUUUAUGUUCGCUCAACAAAGCUUUACCUAAAUUUAGUUUAUUUGAUGUUAUGAAUAAAUGCGUUACACCAUUAGGAAAAAAAUUUUUGCGUGCAAACCUACUUCAACCGUUAUACAAUAUUCAAAAGAUUGAAGACAGACUAAUGUGUGUAACUGAACUUAUUGCAGAUCACACGUUACUUUCUAAGUUACAGCGUAUCUUGAGGAAAUUCAAAUACGUGGAAUAUAUAAUUAAUGUUUGUCCUGGAAUAAAUGAUUAUGAAAUUAGUCAACAAGCUGAAAAAAAUUUGAACUACCUUCUGUACUUAAAACAUUCAUUAGAAAUAUUACCAGAAUUAAACAUUGUACUUAGUCUGACUUCAUGCUCCACUUUGCAAACAAUAAAAUCAAAAAUUUCUAAAGAUAGCUACGCCUGCAUUCAAAAUCUUAUUUCUGAACUUAUUCAUAAAGAUGCAUGCUGUAAUCACGGUUUUACCUCGUCGAACCUACAGAGAUGCUUUGCAAUAAAGCCAAAAAUAAAUGAUCUAUUAGAUAUUGUCAGGCAAGCUUAUUGUGAAUUGAUAGAUACCAUCAUUCAAUAUGUACAUAAAUUAUCCAACGACUAUUCAUUAUGCUUCACUUUAAAUUGCAACAAUAAUCUAGGUUAUUAUAUGGACUUAAACACGCAACAUAAUUCAUCACUUCAAAAAUAUGAUUUACCCAAAGAUAUUAUUCUAAUUAAAAAACAACAAUACAAUUUAUUAUUAACUACUGAACAAUUGCUUAUUUAUAGCAAUAAAUGCAAAGAAAUUUGUGAAGAAAUUCAUAUAAUAAGUAAUGUACUAAUUGUAAAUUUACUUGGAAAUUUAAACGUAUACAUUACAUUUCUUUUUGAACUAUCUACUUGCAUAAGUAAACUAGAUUUUUUGGCAUCACUUGCAUUAAUUAGCAGUAAAUCAGGUUUUGUUUGUCCUCGAUUUAGUCAUAAACUAUGCCUCAUCGAUUCUUAUCAUCCGAUCCAAUUAUUAACAAACUCUGAAAAUUGUGUUUAUAAUAACGUUAUUGCAUCAGUCCCGUACAAUUUCCACAUCAUAACUGGACCGAAUCUAAGUGGGAAAACAUUAUAUUUAAAGCAAAUAAUUCUACUCAGUAUUCUUGCACAAAUUGGAUGUUACGUACCAGCAAAGAAUGCAGAGUUUCGAUUGUCGGAUAGAUUAUUAUUUCAUUCAUGCUAUUACAGCAAUAUGGGAACUAACGAAUCAUCAUUUGAAAAGGAAAUGCGCGGCCUAAAGUUAAUCAUAGAUUCUCUCACGCACAAUGCAUUAAUAGGACUUGAUGAACCUUGCGUAAGUACUAACUUUCAAGAAGGAACAAGUCUUGCUGUAUCAAUUUGCGUCAAAAUACUAAGCACAAAAGCAUUUGGAUUUUGUUCGACACAUCAUUAUUAUCUGACUAAAAUCUCAGAAAGCUUCCUGAAUGUCACUAAUUUACAUUUUGAUUGCCACCCAAAAAUCUCGACAAGUAUCAAUUUAAUAUAUACGCAUAAAUUAAAAAUUGGGGCUUCUAACGUCGAAUAUUAUGGAAUCGCAGCCGCUAGAAUGUCAUCCCUUCCAAAAUCUUUAAUAAGUGGAGCAGAAGCAAUAGCAAAGAAAAUUAGUAUAAAGGUUCCAAUAAAAUUAAACUUAACGGAAUCAAAAAUGUUAAAUAAAAAAUAUUAUACUUUCAUCGCAAAGAUUUAUAACCUGAUAAAAAUCAUAACAUGAGGCCGUUUCUUAAACACACCGAGCAAGUUUUGAGAAAAUACGAAAAUAUAUCAUCAAAGAAAUUUCUAUUACAGAUACUUAUUUGUCUUAUUUCCAUAAAUAGCGUGAUAAUGGGAAAUUGGAAACAAAAUCAUAGAUUUUCGAAGAAUAUAAAGUCUGUUAACGAUUAUGCGAAAAUAGCUAAAACAAGACUAUUGUUAAAAACUCGUGGAGAUAAAAAUAUAAAUGUUGUAUUUAGCGAUCAAUUAGAAAACAUGAAAACUGUUAAAUAUAAUGCAAAAUGUUAUAGUAAAAUUUUUAAUGUAAUGGACUUCUAUCGACAAUUACUGGAAAAAAAUUUAAGUUUAUCACAUAGUGAUAUUUGUAACAAAUAAAAUAUAAUUUUUCCCA